AUGGAGAGCUGGCAAUACGUCGCGGCGAUGAUCUUCUGGUUCUCCUUCGUCAUCAUCUUCUUCUUUGUGCUCUUCAACUUCCUCAUCGCCAUCAUUGUUGAUGCGUUCAUGGAUGUGAAGGACGCAGCAGAGAGUGCAUCGGCAAUAUACGAGGACAUGUACCUCAUCGUGCUGCGCUUCUUCCGCCGUGUUGCAACGCCUUAUAGCGAGUACAGCCGCCUGCUGCGGCACCUCAUUCGCCUGGGAGCAGUGGACACAGCCCAUACGGUCAUGGAGAAAAGCCUGUGGCAAUCGGCACAGCAGAGCCUUGCUAGGAGCCUUCGGCACAGCCCAGCAAGGGAAGGGGGCAGCAAGCAUGUGAGCAGUGGUGGGGCAAAUGGCAACAGCAGCGGCGGCAGUGACAGUAGGGCAAGUGAUAGGGGCAGCAAGAAUGGCAGUAUGGGCAGCAGGGGCUGCAGCAGGGAGGGCAUGAAGGAAUUAGUAGUGGAGGAUGGUGUGGAUGAUAGUGGGUCAAGGAGAGGUGGGUUGGAGGAUGGGCGACGAGGGGGAGCAGAAGUUGCGGAGGAGGGGAAGUUGGGGACGGAAGAGAGAGAAGCUCUGGUAAGGGUGCAGCGGCAGGGGAUGAUUGAUGGUAAAGCGGUCAUGAUGAGGGUGCAAGGGCGGGGGAUGUUGGGAUUGGGAGGGAUGGUGGAUGCAGCUUCUGGCGCGCCUCAUAGGCUGCAAGGGGCAGGAGCUGAAGCUUCCAGAAUGGACACAAUCUCUGAGGCGCCUCAACGGCUGGAAGGGGGAGGGGCUAAAGGUCGGAUCAGAAUGCAAGACGAGGGGAUGGAAGAAGCAGAGAGAAUUCAACCAGGCGUGAGUGAGAGAGACGAGGGGGAUGAGGGUCUUAGGAGUGGCACGGAGGUAGUGAGAGAUGGUGGGAGUAAGUUCUCGGGAGUGUCUGCUGCCAGAUCUGCUGCUGAAGGUACGGAGAGCAGCAAAGGAAGCAGCGGCAGCGGCAGCAGCACCAUGGAAGCGGGUAGCAGCACCAUGGAAGCGGGCAGCAGCACCAUGGAAGCGGGCAGCAGCACCAUGGAAGCGGGCAGCAGCACCAUGGAAGCGGGCAGCAGCACCAUGGAAGCGGGCAGCAGCACCAUGGAAGCGGGCAGCAGCACCAUGGAAGUGGGCAGCAGCAGCAAUAGCAGCGGCGGCAGCAAUAGCAGCACGUUGGGGACAAGCAGCAGCAGUGGCAGCAGAAGGGGGAGUGCGGGGGUGCGGAGCAGGGACGAGGUGCCGCACUCCAGAGGGGGGAGUGCCAUGGUGCGGUCGCUCCGAAGGCGAGUAAGCUUCUGGCGGGAGGACUCACUGGAGGAGCGGCAGCGGGUGGUGGCUGUCGGGGGCAGGCACCUCAACGCCCUCUCGCUCUCUGCUAUUCUGCAACGCGCGCUAGCCAGAAAGCUGCGCUCUGUCCCUCCUCGCUACACCCACCACCUGGAAUCCAUCGACCUCCCUGCACUCGUCAAAGUCCUUCUCUCAGAGACAGGAGAGAAUCUGUCACGCUCCGACCUCAUGGCUCGUGCAAGCUCAGCUGUGGCCAUGUCUCGGCAAAAGCGAGACAUACUGGCAUUGCAAGAGCAAAUGGGAGCCCUCCAAACAGACCUGACUCAGAGGUUUGACGAGCUCGAACGUGGGAUUAUGGAUCGGUUACCGAACCAAGGUCAUGAGAAGGCGGGUCGUGAGGUUUGGACGGAGCAGGUGCGGCGAGAGGUGGAUGCUGCUCGGGAGGAGGCUCGGCGGGAGGCCUGGGAGCAGGCACGACAGGAGGUUGAGGAGGCUCGGCGUGAGGCACGAGAGGCUCGGGAGGAAGCUCGGAGGGAGCGGGAAGGGUUUGGGGAGAUGCUGAGGGAGUUGAAGAGGGAGAUGCAACUGCUUCGGGUGGUGGGGGAGAGGAGAGAGAAGGGACGAGGGGACAAGAGAGGGGACGGGAGAGGGGAGGAGAGAGGGGAGGAGGGAGGAGGGAAUGUGGAAGUGGGACCUUAA